UGUCAGUAAAUCUGUUGCAAACAGGAAACGUGAUUUUCUUUUUCAUUGCAAAUAUUCGAAGUUGUGCUAAAACAUGGAAAUAGCGCAGAAUUUUAUGGGUGCUGGUGCCACAAACACUAUGGUCCGCAUCAACGAGAAUGGUAACGUCGUUGGCACCAUCAUUGUCAACUGUGAAGGGUUCCCUGAGACAACAACCCUGGACAGUUUGACAGCUGCGACGUACUCCACGCAUAUGCGGAAUCUUUCGCAUCAUGCCAGUAAUGCUCUCAAGGAAAUUGACGUGACUGAUGAACUGGUCGUGCUAAGACUGAUCUCCAGGAAGACGGAGGCUGUUGUGGCACCGGACCACGAGUUUCAUCUCAUCGCUGUCAUGAGACGCUCGUGAAAUUAUAUUAAUGUACGAUUAAAAGUUAA